UCAUGUUUGCAAAAGAUGCGGGAAACACCAUUGAUUCCCAUAAAUAAGUCCCAGAACUGGUUCAAAUCCCGAUCCAAAUUAACUCCAGAUGUGUGUAUAAAAGCGACCCCAGUCCCGCAGAUGGCACAACAACACACAGCACCCACGAUGAAGUUCUUUGCAAUCUGCGCAUUCCUGAUCCUUGCCCUGGUGUCCGUCCACGGCCACGGAGGACGAUUUGGACAUGGAGGAUAUGGUGGACAUGGAGGAUAUGGUGGAUAUGGAGGCGGCGGAUAUGGAGGACCCGGUGGCUAUGGCGGACCCGGUGGUUACGGAGGACCUGGUGGCUACGGAGGACCUGGUGGCUACGGAGGACCUAUUGGCUACGGAGGACGCGGUGGAGGAAGCACCGCUAAUGCUAAUGCUGUGGCCACCGCAAACGCGAAUAGCGGAUAUUGAGCCAUAUAGUUUGAUAACUACAUUCCCAACUUACUAACUGUCUUUCAAUAAAAACUAAUAUUAUUGCAAAACUA